CCGUCAGUUUUUAGGUUUUUAUAUUUGCUAUUAAUAGUUGAACCUCAAGGCAAGAAGGUUUAUUGUUUCCUUGUUAUUAUUAUUUGUUUUGUUCUUGGUAUAGCAUAAGCAACAAGCUAGCCCUAGUGUUAACCAUGUCCUACUCAAGCUAUGGCUUUGAUUUCCAUUUGCCCGACGAUGGUUGGUGUUUUCCCAAGGAUGACAUGCAUUUCCGUCGGAGCACGGAAUGGGUACCAUUGGAGAGUGCUGGUGUGGGUCGUUCGUUUGCCAAUACGAAUGCCGUGAUCUAUCCACGUGUUGUUGGCAUGCUUCCGCGUUACGGCGGUCAUGUGCCGGGAGAGAUAUUUAAAGUGGGAACUACCUAUGGUCGUUCGACAAUUGAUGCUAAACGUUGGCUGGCCCUGCACCGAGAUUAGUCUAAAUAAAUUGCUAAACAAAAAAAAUUGUAGAAAAAUGUACACUAAAUUAAUAAACUGUUAAAUUGUUAAACCAUUAUUCAAAA